AUGGCGACUGGAAAGAUCAAGAACGAGCCGCCCAAGAAGACCGAGGCCCAAAUCAUCGUCGACCUACAAGAGCAUAUCAUCGUCCUCGAAAAGCGCCUGCGGAAGAAGCAGAAGAUCUACAACAGCUACAACGAAGACGACAACAACUACAACUACAACGGCGACAACGACAACGAAGACGACGACAGCGAAGACGACGACAAUGACAGCAAGGACAGCGAUGACGACGAUUACGGCGAUGUCGCUCCAAUCUUCUCCAACACCUCCGACACCCAGCUCGCCCUCCGUCUCGAUGGCGUCACGCGUCAGCGCGAUCAAUACAAGGGCGCGAUCGAGGUUGGCCUUGCCGAGAACACCAAGCUCCGCGAAGAGCGCGACCACUACCGGGAUCUCUACAUGGGAGUGGUUCGCUCUACCGGCAGCGCCAACACCAACAGCGUCGGUAACAACAACUUCCUCAAGAUCGAGUCGAACUCUACCCACUACCACAUCAACAUGGCUCAGGAUAGCAACCCCUUCAGUGGCUUCGUCAAGGCGCCCAAACCCAGCGAGCCCAGCGAGCCCGAGGUCAAGCGUCCGACAUACGGCGACCAGUGUCUUCGCGAGAAGAGGCGCAAGCCUUGUCGCAAGACUUCAUGUCCCUACUGGCACCGUUCCCAAGGCGCGCGUUUCGCUGCCAUUCGCCCUACUCUCUUCUCCAACAAGGCUGCCGAGAACCGAGCUCAGCGCCGCUGA